GCUACACAGCCGCUCCUUCAAGUCUGGAGCUGCCUGUCAGAGGAGAAGGCACAACGAAGGAAGUGGUAAGACUGCCAGGAUGGGGAACAAUCUGCAGAGGGGAGACAGGUGUCAGCAGAACACUCAAGAGACACCGUGGAAUCUGAGGUUCCAAAACAUGAAGCAGAGAACACCCAGAUGCUGGGUUCACCACUCCACGGAAGGGUGUUUCUGCUUGCCAUGGAAAAAAGGACGCACGUUGAAAGCAAGACAAAGCUCCCCAAAGGGAAAUGUAAGAGUGACUCCUGUUCCCAUCCAGACCCCAACAGAGGAGCUGUGCUACGUCCUCAUCAACCAUAGUGCCUUCAGGAAGCAGCCAUCGGGAAACUCUGCUGAGGUGUACUAUGAGAACAUUUCCUACAAAGCUGAGAGGCCCUGGGAAUCUUUGGGAGGGACAGAGACUGAAUAUUCACUUGUCCAUGUGCCUUCCACCCCUAGGUACCCACCUCACCCAGAAGGUGACUAUGACCUUCUCAUGCCUAGCAAAAACUCUCACUCUUUACAAUAGCCAAGGUGCCAUGCACAGCCCCUUAUGAGAUUCAACUGCCCCAUUUUCCAAUGAAAUGAUUGGACUAGAGUUUGUUAGGCUGGGGGAUUUUGGUGAGUACAGGCAUGAGGCACAAAGCUCUCCAUCUUGCUUCUUCUACAAGUCUCUGUAGAGAAAAAGCUGUCAUCCACAGGUCCAUUUACAUUCUGUUCGAUGUCCAACAUCUGCAAGUCAACCACUAUAUUUGAGAAAGGAGGUGACAUCUUUGAAGUGGUAUGAAAGUACUUUGUAAUGGGAAAGGCUCCCCCAUCUUUACAGCUGUGUCCACCUCAAAAGGCUGUUUUUAUGCCUAGGCUCUUAUAAAAUAAUCCCAUGACUUCUACUCUGAAGUUGGAGGAAGCAUAUG